UGACGGUUAAAUAAAUAAUCAUACAUAACUUGCAAAAGGUUAUGAAUUAAAAUGUACCUACCUACUAGGUAGCUAGCAAGAUUUUGAUUUUUGAAAAAAUAUUUUAUACUGAAAAUGUCCUAUAUAUCAUUAUCUUCCAAUAUUUUAAAAAGAUGUGCAGGUCUCCGUUUCCCGUUUAUGUGCACUAAAGCGAUAACCUCGCAGAAAGCCGCUUUCAGCUCGGUUACUACCAAGACGAUUCACGAUGUAAACACGAAUGUAGCAAAGGAUGUUAUAUUGUUUAAAUAUGAAAAUCCAAAGUUUUACACGUAUAUGAAUAUAUUUGCUAUAGUACAGUAUAUGUUUUGGUCAUAUUUGGGGUUGUUCGCGUUUACCAGUUUGAGGGAUGCCCCUGUAGACCAAACGAAAGUGGAUGAGAGUACUCCUUGGUUUCGGAAGAUUAAUUUAGGUGAAAAUAAAUAUAAAAAUGGAUUAGCUACUUUAUCUGUUAUCAUUGGUACGGGAUCUUUAGCCAUAAUAUGGAUGUACACCCUUAAGUCCGUACGCUAUCUGGUCCUUCACAAGGGCGGACAACACAUCACCUUCAUCACAUACGGACCCCUGGGCAAAAACCGGAUUAUGAAAGUCCCCAUAAACUGCAUUUCUUGUAAAGAGAACAGAGCUAAUGCAACAGUGCAGUUACCAAUAAAAGUGAAGAAUAGAUGGAUGCAUUAUAUGCUGGAUAUGAGAGGAGAAUUCAGGAAUCCUUUAUUGUUUGAUGCCACUGCCGGACUUUCUAGGAAAUGGUAGUGGUGUGAAAACUCCAAAGCCCACUGCGGCUUCGAUUUUUUAGGAAACUGAAGAAGUAGGUUGGUGUAGCUUUAAUGUCUGAUUAUUCAAAAGUAUUUGGCAAAGAUAUUCCCUCUUAUUCAUAAAAAAAUUUAAUCACUAAUUUUGAUUUUUUUCACCAUUGGGGCAUGGACCAAAUUUACAAUAUUAGACAUUAACAAUGAGAAAACAUACUUUAACAUAAAGUAUAAUUUAAGUUUUUGAUGAAUAGAGGGAUUGACUCACCUCACCUUAUUAGACAUACAUUGAAAGGAACUCCUCUCAACAUAGCACUAGUUGCCUGUAAGAGAUUCCUACAUGGGACAAGCCACACAAUAUGCUUUUGAAUAUUCACAACAUGAAAUUGCAUUUUAUUUUUAAAUGUGUAAAUAAAUUGUUAUUUAACUGC